AACCUCAACGCCAAGCUCGCCAACCCUCUCAAGGGUGUCUCCCAUGAUCAGCUCAUGAAGGACGUCGAAAUCUUCGCUCAGGAGCGUGGCCUCACCCACCACCUCGCCAACCUCCAGAAGGGCGCUCUCGUCGCUCAGGACCCCAACGUCUUCGAGCGCUCAGACCUCUUCACUGAGGAAGAGCGCCGUAUCCUCCGGGAGGAGACCACCAACAAGUUCAAGCAGACCCCUAUGCUCUACUACAUGGUCAUCAUGGCCUCUCUCGCUGCCGCCGUUCAGGGUAUGGACGAGGCCGUCAUUAACGGUGCUCAGAUUAUCUACCCCGCCCAGUUCGGCAUCGGUGAUCCCACCUCUCAGCGCGAUUCGUGGCUGGUUGGUGUCGUUAACUCAGCACCAUACCUUUGCUGCGCCAUCUUCUCUUGUUGGCUCACCGACCCCUUGAACAAGUGGCUCGGUCGCAAAAAGACCAUCUUCCUCACCUGCUUCAUUUCUUUCAUCACAUGUAUCUGGUCUGCGCUUACCAACACCUGGUGGCACCUUUUCAUCGCCCGUUUCUUCCUCGGUAUCGGUAUCGGCCCCAAGUCCGCCACGGUCCCUGUCUACGCUGCAGAGUGCUCUCCCGCUCCCGUUCGUGGCGCCCUCGUCAUGAUGUGGCAGAUGUGGACUGCCUUCGGUAUUUGCAUUGGUGACCUGCUCGACGUCGCUUUCUACUUCGUCAAGGACACGCCUGGCACUACCGGUCUCAACUGGCGUCUCAUGCUUGGUUCGGCCGGUAUCCCCGGUCUCUUGGUCUGCUGUCAAGUUAUGUGGGCUCCCGAGUCGCCCCGUUGGCUCGUUAGCAAGGGCCGCUACGAGGAGGCUUACGGCGAGCUGAACAAGCUCCGCUUCUCCCCCGUCCAGGCAGGCCGUGAUUUGUACUACAUGCACAUCCUCCUCGAGGCCGAGAGCGAGAUGAAGCGGGGCCGCAACCGCCUCGUCGAGAUGUUCACCAUCCCCCGUAACCGCAACGCCGCCCUCGCAUCGUGGAUCGUCAUGUUCGGCCAGCAGUUCUGCGGUGUCAACGUUAUUGCAUACUACUCGUCCACCGUCUUCUUCGAGUCCGGCUUCUCGCGCGUCUCGUCGCUCCUGGCUUCGUUCGGUUUCGGUCUCAUCAACUGGCUCUUUGCUCUUCCCGCGGUCUUCACGAUCGAUACCUAUGGUCGCCGCAACCUCUUGCUAUUCACAUUCCCGCUGAUGUCCGCAUGCUUGUUGCUCACUGGUUUCUCGUUCUGGGCUACAAAUGAGACUGGGCGUGUCGCUGGUGUCUCCCUCGGUAUUUACCUCUUCGGUGUCGUUUACUCUCCUGGCGAAGGUCCCGUGCCGUUCACCUACUCCGCCGAGGCCUUCCCGCUGUACAUCCGUGAGCUCGGAAUGUCCUUCGCGACGGCAACUACGUGGUUCUUCAACUUCGUCCUCUCCAUUACCUUCCCCUCGCUCCUGCUCGCCUUCAAGCCGCAAGGCGCGUUCGGCUUCUACGCCGCGUGGUGCAUGGUCCUCUGGGUGCUCAUCCUCCUCUUCGUGCGCGAGACCAAGGGCAAGACGCUUGAGGAGCUCGACCAGGUGUUCUCGGUUCCCGCACGUACGCACGCCGCGUACGGCCUGCGUCAGAUCCCCUACGGCAUCAAGAAGUUCAUCCUCUUCCAGAACCCCAAGCCCGAGGUGCUGUACGAGGAGGAGAGUGAC